UGGAGUCGACGUGGUCAUGUUCUUUCUCUUUCUCUAGGAUUUGAGAUGGAAAAUUGACUGCAUGGCAGCCACCGAGACGCCGGAACGCAAGGGCAGUUACAUGAUUUGGAGGUAGAUGAGUAAAUGAGCCGCAUUCCAGACCAGGGCUGGACGAUCCAACACCUCGGUACUGUACAUACGAUCGUACCCUGCGAGCCCUGCUCUGCCUGCCUGCGAUCUAUGAAUCUGCAGAUCCAUUUCUGUGCAUGAGAUUUCCCUCAAGGAUCAAAAGUCUCCACCUUCAAUUUUUCAACACAUCCAAACCAAGGAAUCCAGCUAUGAUUGGCCAAUGUAACGCAUCCAGCUCAGAUACGUAAAUUUAAAAUGCUAGAAAGCCCAGCAAAACCAGCACCGGAAAGAAAAGCUUACCAAAGCUUAACCACGCCACAUCCUCGUGCUCGAUGGACACGCCGUCGUUGGUCAAGACAUGGGUGGGAAGGUGCGCCGUCCCGUCUUAGGGUAUUGGCAGAUUUGGGUGCCUAGUAGUAGUGCGUGCGUGCGUGCCCGUCUGUUGGGUCCGGCUUAUUGUUAGGUAUUAUUAUUUCGAUAUCAUAUCAUAUCAUAUGUGAAAUCCUCGGGAGUUGGUCGAUCGAGAUGUUAUGAUCAAUUUGGAAUUUUCGAUUGAGUUGAGCUGAUGCACGGAUUGAUCAUUCUACGAAGUACUCGAUUUCGUACUUAAGUCGAGAGAAGAGGGAGCAAGUGGUCCAAGAGCAAGCAACAUGUCGUAUUGUGCUUGAGUAGGGAGGAAUGCGGACAUGUGCAGAUAACAUGAGUGUUCCUCGCUUUCUCCGUUACCUAUCUACUUAUAUACAGAGGUAAAUUUGAAGCGGUCCAUCCGGUCGCCUGUGGCGUCAAUUCUCACUCCUCAAGCACGCCACAUCCAAUGAUGUCUACCUGCUAAUCCGCUUCUUAAAGGAAGUCAGAUAUCAGAGACGCAUGAAGUGGAGAAGUGACGAAAUAACACCGACCCCGAGCAGGGAGAGCAAGUGGUAAAAAUCUGAUAGGCCAACCGAAAGGCGGAAAGCCUUUCCUCAACCACUCUAGCCCCACCUAUCAGCCCAGGCCCCUCCCCACGCUAGAAGCCCCAGCUGUUCCUGACCAGCGCAGCGACCACGUUUCUGAUCCCGCUGUUCUGACUGGUCGGUUCUAACGACAUCUCUUCAUUCCAUUAUUCCACAUCUUUUUAUCCAGGCAAGGCGGCGUGCAUCAAAUUUUUUGGGGGGCAUCGCGGGCGCGUUUUCAGCUGCUGCUCGUGCUCGUGCGUGUGCAUGUGGGUCUGGUGUUCUGCAUCCAAGACUUGUGGUGUCCGUCGUUCCAAGACGCCGAGCCUGGGGGAAAAGUGCUUGUCUGUGUAUCAAGCCUUUUCCAAGAGAUGUCCAAGACAGCCACGAAGAAGGGUCCGCUUUCAUGGUCAACGUCAGGUCUUGAGAUGUUCCUUUUAAAGCGAUACGGUUCUCGAAUUGAUGGCUGGAAACUUGCGCUGUGAGGGAUGGCACUGGCUGAGGAUUGCCCGGGACGGACAUUGACCGGUCAAGGAUAUUCUGGAAGCCUUCUACUUUCAGAAGGGGCUGCACACCAAUGGCCGUGCUGGAGGGUGUGUGUUGCGAUCGAUUUGGUGCAGGAUGUUCCGGGAUACGCGGGAGGAGAAGCGGGCAAGGCAAGAUCAACCUGCUGUCAGCAGGGCUUUCUCAGAGAUACAUCUGCUUGCAUCGUGCUCGGCAUCGGCCUUUCCAUUGGUCCCAGCUUCGUACAGUAGUGAUAGCGCAGCGCGGAAACUUAUUUAGCUUUUUGUCUUGCAAGAUCUGGAAGUUAGCCGGCGGUGGUGGGCCCAUACAGAGUUCAAGUUCAGCAGGCGGAACAUACUGUACAGUACAGUAGUGACUGGCCUGGAAGUCGAGCCACGACAAAUCUAUGGCUUAUCAUUGUCACUCUUAAGAGAUCCAGCCAAUAAUGAAAUGAAACCCGUAACGGACCAGCUACAAGUAACUGUCACAAUCCAAAGUUCAUUCGCAUGAUGCAGCUAGCCUUCUUCCCGGACGAUGCAACUUUAUUUCUUGGCGCAUCGGCACGCCCUUGCUUGGAUGGGCUCUCAGUGUCCCACGCCCGGGUUGGUCUUUGAUCCACACCACCACCCUUCCCAAAGAAUUGCCAAAAGGAAGUACUGGCUCUGGCUCCUUGUUGUAUCCCUGUAGGAACCCACCCCCGAGGUUCCCACUACCGCGCUCCUGCAGAGCUUCCUCAUACAAAUAUCAGGACCCCCUUCGAAUUUGCACUUCCUCUCCUCUUCAGCCGCGCUGCCAACUACGACGCCCUCACCCCCAGCAUCUACCCGUCGACAAGUCAACACACAAACUGGUCUUGAAGACAUACAUCAGACACAAUGGCUGCUCCCGCCAACAUUGCAGCGAUGAAUAAAACAUCUGGAGGCAACAAUGCCUUCCACAACUUCAACAAUGACUUCGCCCAUAUCCAAGAUCCUAAUGAGCGAAGGAGACUCGCUCUUGCCGAGAUCGAUAAGGCUCCUUUUGGAUGGUACCACGUACGAGCAUGUGUAGUGGCAGGUAUUGGAUUCUUCACUGAUUCCUACGAUAUCUUCGCCAUCAACCUGGUUACCAGCAUGUUGGGUAUAGUGUACUUUAACGACAGUAAAUCUCACGGUACUAUCCCACCCAACUCAGAUACCGCUAUCAAGGUCUCUACUUCUGGUGGAACCGUUCUUGGUCAACUUGGUUUCGGGUACCUCGCCGACGUGGUUGGACGAAAGCGUAUGUAUGGACUUGAGUUGAUUAUCAUCAUCUUCGCAACGCUCGCUCAGGCCCUCUCUUCAAACUCUCGUGCCAUGUCCAUCACUGGUCUUAUCAUUUUCUGGCGUGUCCUUAUGGGUAUUGGAAUUGGUGGUGAUUAUCCACUUUCUUCAAUCAUCACAUCCGAGUUCGCUACUACUAAAUGGAGAGGUGCUAUGAUGAAUGCUGUGUUCGCUAUGCAGGGUAUUGGUCAGUUCACUGCUGCCAUCCUCGCCUUGAUCGUCACCACUGGUUUCAAGGGUUCUUUGGAAUCUGCUUCCAAGGCCUCGACCUGCACUGGUGUUUGCCAACUUGCUGUUGAUAAGAUGUGGAGAAUCAUCAUCGGCUUCGGUGCCGUCCCCGGCUGCAUCGCCCUCUACUACCGCCUCACCAUCCCCGAAACCCCCCGCUACACCUUCGACGUGGCCCGCGAUGUCGAGAAAGCCGGCACCGACGUCAGCGCCUACAUCAACGGUAAAGCCGAAGGCCACCCCGACGAAAUCGCCCGUGUUACAACCAUGGUGCAAGCCUCCCCGGCCCUCGAAAUCCCCAAAGCCUCCUUCAAAGACUUCGUCGCGCACUACUCGCAAUGGAAGCACGGCAAGGUCCUCCUCGGCACCGCGGGCUCCUGGUUCUUCCUCGACGUCGCCUUCUACGGCCUCGGCCUCAACAACUCCAUCAUCCUCGCGGCCAUCGGCUGGACCGGCGGCAGCACCCAGUACGAAAUCUUCCGCAAGAACGCCAUCGGGAACCUCAUCCUCGUGUGCGCCGGCGCUAUCCCAGGGUACUGGGUCUCGGUCGCUACGAUCGACACCCUGGGCCGCAAGACUAUCCAGAUCGGCGGCUUUGCGAUCCUCACUGUCCUGUUCAUCGUCAUCGGUUUCGCGUACCACAAACUCUCUGGACACGCCCUGCUAGCACUCUACGUCCUCGCGCAAUUCUUCUUCAACUUCGGUCCUAACUCAACGACUUUCAUCGUCCCAGGUGAAUGUUUCCCCACGCGCUACAGAUCUACUUCUCACGGGUUCUCCGCCGCGUCAGGCAAGGUCGGCGCCAUCAUCGCGCAAGUUGUGUUUGGGCCUCUGCGCACGAGGGGCGCGAAGCCCGGUGCGAAGGGCAGGGAUGCGAGUCCGUGGUUGAAUCACAUUAUGGAGAUUUUUGCGCUAUUUAUGUUCUGUGGGUUGUUGACUAGCUUUUUGAUUCCCGAGACGAAGAGGAAGACGUUGGAGGAGUUGGCGGGGGAGGUUCCUGGAACACCUAACUACGACCCCGCCCUAACAGGCGGCGCAUACCGCCAGAACUCAGAAGAAGACUCUCAGCCCGAGAAGAAGGGGAAAGUUGGAACUGAAUCCGUCUAAGCGAGCCUCUCCAUACCUUACCUUACCUAACGCCUCAAUGCGAAGAAGCUGUACCUUAGGAAGUUUGAAUUGUAUGGACGCUAUGCAGAUUGAGAUGGAAGGAUAUGGGGAGAUUGGUCGAUUGAUUGAUAGAGAG